AUGGUUUCCAGGGACUCCCGUUACAUUCAUCGCCGCUGGUAUUUAGAGGAUGCUACGCUUACCAUCCAACAACCCAAGUUGGAGUUACUCGUUGACUUCGAUGAUCCCUCAAGUUUCGCCUUCCCUGCAAAUCUCCCGCCAACUUUAGGCAUGCGACGGGCGGCGGCUGUAGCGACUGCCACGGGAGGCCUCAGCGGCGUUAUGGGACUCGGGUCGGAGGGAAACCUCCUGGCGGAUUGGCGCGAGAUCGGCAUCCCGCCCUUUACAGAAGAAUGA